UACAUAGUAAUAAUAAAUCCAUUUUUUUUUUCUAAUUCCUCAAAAUUUCUCACACACACGACCAUCAAGGAAACAUGGACAUGCCUCACGAUCAAAAUAUGCCUAUGAUUAUGAACAUGGUGAUGCAAAUGAAUUUCUAUUGGGGUAAAGAUGUGACAAUAUUAUUCAAAGGAUGGCCAAACAAUAACCUAGGCAUGUACAUAUUGUCUUUGUUUUUUGUUUUCUUUAUGGCUUUUGGUGUUGAAAUUAUGUCAAUGGGUCCAAUAAUGAUCAACAAAAGGCCCAUUGGGAUUAUUGAAUCUGGGAUUUAUUAUACUCUUCGAAUGGUUCUUGUUUAUUUUGUUAUGCUUGCUGUUAUGUCCUUCAACAUUGGGAUUUUCAUUGUUGCUAUUUUAGGCCAUGGUUUGGGCUAUGUCGUUGUUAAAUUCCGUGAACUUGUCGCGGCUGAGACGACCACGGAUUCAAAUGGUACUGAUCCUAAAGUUUAAAGGCUCUAAAACAUAGUAUACGUCUAGAAUUGGUGAUGCAGAGAUAACAAGUCAAAAGGAUGUACCACAAGGGUAAUUUUAAUCUUUACUUCUUUUUUUAGUUGAAUAUAUUACCUAGCUAGAUGGUAAUAUUAAUAUUUUAUAUAUAUUAAUUUCAUCUUUUUCAUGUGUGUAAUUUUGUGGGAUGUUAUGAAAAAAAAAUCGAAUUUA